AUGGCUCCCAAAGCCAAAGCCAAAGCCAAAGCCAAAGCCGCGCCAGCAGAUCCUGUGUUCUCCGAGGACUCAGCCUCUGAAAACGGCGAAGAUAGCGGAGAUAUAAGCCUCAAUGAUCCACCCACAAGCAUUGACCCAUACAGCGUCCUCUCCGUCCCUUCCACCGCCACCGCUGACGAAAUCAAAACGGCCUACCGCAAACUCGCGUUGAAACACCACCCGGACAAAGUCACGCCAUCCGAGCGAGACUCUGCACACCAGAAAUUCCAAGAAAUAGCCUUCGCAUACGCGAUCCUAAGCGACGAGCGCCGCCGCAAACGCUACGAUGCGACGGGCAACACGGCGGAGUCGGCAAACGUGGAUGACGCCGACUUCAACUGGACGGAGUUCUUCCGGGAUAUGUCUGCGCAAGUGGUCAGUGGGCAGCUGAUCGAUCAGAUUAAACGAGAGUAUCAGGGGACCGAGGAGGAGAGGCUGGAUGUCCUGGCUGCGUAUGAGGACUCGGAGGGGGAUCUGGAUGCGGUGUUUGAGAGCGUCAUGUGUUCUGAGGUGUUGGAUGACGAGGAGCGGUUUAGGAAGAUCAUUGACCAGGCGAUUGCUCAGGGGGAGGUGGAAGGAUAUGUGAAGUAUACGAAGGAAGCAAAGAAGACGCGCGAGAAGAGGAGGGCGAGGGCCAAAGACGAGGAGAAGGAGGCGAUGCAGCUCGCGGAGGAGCUGGGGGUCAGGGAUAAGUUGUUCGGCAAGGGUGAUGGUUCUAAAGCCGACGCGGGCAAGAAGAGCACGAAAACAAAGAGCAAAGGCGAUACCGACACCGACACCGACGGGCUCAUGGCGCUGAUCCAACAACGGCAGAAAUCGCGGGCUCAGAACUUCUUCGACGACUUGGAAGCCAAGUACGGAGGCGAACCGGCGAAGAGGGGCGCCGGCAAGCGCAAAGUCGUUGAUGAGCCCCCCGACGAGGCGUUUCUGAAGAACGCGAAGAAGGGCAAGAAAGGCGGCAAGGCUUGA